GCCAUCCACUCUCCCUCUGUUCUGCUCCUGCACAGAGGCGCUCCUUGCAAGCGGCAAGAUGGCAAUGAAAUUGGCAUACUGGGAUAUACGCGGGCUUGCUCAACCAAUCCGUCUGCUGUUGGAAUACACUGGUACCAAGUAUGAGGAGAAGUUCUAUUCUUGUGGUGACGCUCCCAACUAUGACAAAAGCUGUUGGUUUAAUGAGAAAGAGAAACUUGGGAUGGACUUUCCUAAUUUGCCCUACCUAGAGGAUGGAGACACGAAAGUGGUCCAAAGCAAUGCCAUAUUGAGAUACAUCGCCCGCAAACAUAACCUCUGUGGGGAAACUGAAGAAGAGCAGAUGAGAGUUGACAUCUUGGAAAACCAGGCGAUGGAUUUCCGCAGUGGUUUUGCCCAGCUCUGCUAUGGAGACUUUGACAAAAACAAACCAUGUUACAGUGAGAAAUUGCCAGGAACUCUAAAGCAGUUCUCUGACUUCCUUGGGGACAGGAAGUGGUUUGCUGGGGACAAGAUCACAUUUGUGGACUUCAUCAUGUAUGAGCUGUUGGAUUUGCAUCGCAUGUUUCACCCGGAGUGCCUGGAUGACUACAAAAACCUGAGAUCUUUCCUGGAUCACUUUGAGAGUCUUAAGAAGAUGGCAGAAUACAUGAAGUCGGGCAAGUUCAUGAAAACACCUGUGAACAACAAGAUGGCCAAAUGGGGAAACAAGAAGGAGUGAAAAUGACAAGAUUUUGUCUUGAUUUUUUUGUUACAUUUUAACCUUCCCAAUAAAAAAAGGAUUAGUUAAAGUUACAUCCUAAUGAUAUAGUGUAUUAGAUAUUUCCCUGUUCAGCUUUUCAAUGUUUGAAUUGUAAAAAAGCAUGAACUUCAGGACCUUAUUUUGACCUAAUAAAGCAGAGCAUUGUUGAGUGCA